GGGCGGUUGUGGUGGUGCCUUUCUGGCCGGAGCGGGGGUGGUUCCGGGCCUUCGUCCGUAGCCGAUCCGCACCAUUCCGGGUCGCCCAGGUGCUGCCCAGGGGCGGCCGCCUCUGCGUUUGGCCCUGGGGCGACGAGGCGGGUCCUUCUCCUUACGAUAUGCUGGUCUUACGCCUGCCCUGACCGAAUUCCGAUCCGCGUUUGCGCCCCCAUGGCGAUUGUAGAGGGUGGCGGGAGCUGCGAGGCCUGCGUGCGGCGCACCUCCGUGGGGACUUGCGCUGUGAGACAUGCGACAUACGGGCACAUCGCCGCUGCCUGGGACUGCCGCCGGGCUCGUACCCCGGCGGCUGGUUCCGCUGCAUCCACUGCAUCCUGGCGGCGGCGGGUUUUCCGGCAGGGGCUGCGGGCGGUCGGCAGGAGGCACUCGCGGCGAGGCUGGUGGCGCUAGCGGGAAGCGCCGUGUCGGCGGGUUCAGCAGGGACGUACGAAUCCCAUCGCCGCCGCUACGCGGCCUUCUGCGCUGCUCUGGGCUUACCCAUGAGGGCGGCUUUCCCACCUGCGCGGGGCGCGGACCUCAGCCCCGAGCUGGUGAGCCUGUUCAUCGCCCAUGAGGCCGACCGUGUGGCCCCCUCAACGUUGUCAGGCACCAUUAGCGCCCUUGCGGACUGGCAGCGCGCGAAGGGUUUUCCGGCGGAGGCCUCCAUCCGCCGGAACCCAUUGGUGCAACGCACGCUGAGGCAGGCGUGGCGUGCCCGGGCGCCGGCGGCAGCCGCCACAGCUGGCGGCGAUGCAGGGGCCGAGCCGCUGCCGCAACGUACGAAGGAGGCGUUCCCGGUGCCGCUUCUGCGGCUCCUAUUGGGCUGGCUGGCAGCGACGGCGGACGGGGCGCCAGCGCGCCGAGCGGAGCUCGAGCAGGAUGCGUGUUGGCUGGUGGUGGGUUUCUUUGGGAUGCUGCGGAGAAGUGAGCUGGCGGGGCUGCGGCUAGGUGACGUGCAUUCGCUGACUGGUGGGGUUCACGUGGUGCGGAUAACGAGGAGCAAGACCGAUCAGGUUGGGGCAGGGGUGGAUGUGCACCUGGGGGCAUCGUCUGGCAGCGGAGUACGCAUCGGGCGCAUUAUAGGGCGCCACCUAGAGCGGGCCCGCUCAGGGGGGGCGGAGCCCAGCGCGCCGCUCUUCACGCGGGGCCCCCAGUGGGGACCGGGGUCGGAGGCUUGGCGGAAGGAGGGGUUUACGCGUAGGCUUAGGGCGCUCUUAGGAGAGAUGCAGCGCGCCCUGCCACAAAUAGCCGGGCGGGUACCAGAUUACGCGUCCCACAGCCUGAGAAGGGGGGGAGCCACGGCUGCAGCGGAAGGGGGGGCCUCUGGAGAGCAGAUCAAGGCGCACGGGAGGUGGCGGUCGGAGGCGGUGAGCGCGUAUAUCCUCCCCUCCGCGGCGGCUAAGGCCCGCAUUGUGGGGUGCAUGUGAGGUGACGAGGCGUGCGGUGGGUGACAGGGUAAGGGGGGUCCUCUCUAGGCGUGCAUGCAUGCGGAAGCGCGCCUAGAGCCUAAUACGCCGGGGCGGGUUUUGGGGGCUAGAGCCCAUCCGCGCCCGGCUGUUGGUUUUCCCCCUCUCCUGUUGUUCCCCGGAGAGGGUAGGGUGAGGUAUCGGCUAGGUAGCAAACUUGGUUAGUUACAGAGUUGGGUCUCUUAGACGCUGUUCGGAGUCUGGGCCCGCAGGCCAGGUCCCAGGCGGUGUAAGGUGAUGAGGGGUGCGACUCCUCUGGCACUGGAGUGUGUGCGACAAAAGUAUCAUUUUGAGUGUCAACUAAAAAUGGGGUUUUGGAGCGCAUGUACGACAGGGAGCAGAGCAGUCGCCACCAGGCUUGCGAGUGGACGGUGCUAGACGUUUUGACCUUGGUUAAACAGUUUGCCCUCAGCUGGCCUUUCAGGUCUUUGCCGCUGAGUUUCCGUGCGCAGUUAGGAAGGCGCUGACUUUUGCGUAGUUGCAGACAGUUCUUAAGUAUGGCUGCAGCUGUAGGUAGGCGAGCCUUUUGUUCCCCACCCUCCCACCCCUACUCUCUCC